UCCAAGUCAAAAUAUUGAACAGUAAAGUAUUCCCGAUCUGUAUCAAGAACAUAAAAUAAUGAAAGAACUGUAAGGUAUAACAGUGACUCAGUGAAUUCAUUGAAAACAAGCGAAUCUCACAAGAUCCACGUUGAAAUGGAGGUUGCGCAGACGCCGCUUCAGCUGACUCAAGAACACCAGGACAACAGAAUGACAGGCGACGAGAACCCUUCACCACUGCGUUGGUCGCCGCCGUCUUCCGCCGCAUUAGUUGCGGCCGCACUAGCGCCACCUGCCCUCCGACCCUGGCUGCCUGACCCGCCCACAAAGAAGACUAACCACCUGGGUCUUGUAUGCGUGGUGUGUGGCGACACCAGCUCCGGGAAGCAUUACGGCAUCUUGGCCUGUAAUGGCUGCAGCGGGUUCUUCAAGCGCUCCGUCCGACGGAAACUCAUAUACAGGUGUCAGGCGGGCACCGGCCGCUGCGUGGUGGACAAGGCACAUCGGAAUCAGUGCCAGGCCUGCCGCCUCAAGAAAUGCCUCGCUAUGGGUAUGAACAAAGAUGCGGUACAGAACGAGCGUCAACCCCGCAACACCGCCACGAUCCGACCAGAGACGCUGAGAGACAUGGACCAAGAACGAGCUUUGAGAGAAGCUGCGGUGGCAGUGGGUGUUUUUGGACCUCCAGUGUCAUUGGCUAUGGCGUUAUCACCGCAGCGGUAUCCACUGCUAUCGCCACACUACCCACCGCUGCCGCCGCCUCAACCACAGCCAGAUUCUUCGCGCGACCAUGAAGAGAGGCACCACUCUGAUAGUGACGAUGACAGUAUCGAUGUAACUAACGAAGAAGAUUCAACGUCCUACUCGCCACCCGCCACCAACCUCGCUGCCUAUCCUCAGAACUGCGGACCUUGCAGACCGCUUGGUGUGGAAAGCGCGGCAGAGACUGCAGCCCGGUUGCUUUUCAUGGCCGUCAAAUGGGCCAAGAACCUACCUUCCUUCGCAAGCCUCGCCUUCAGAGACCAGGUUAUAUUGCUGGAGGAGGCAUGGUCGGAGUUAUUCCUGCUAAACGCAAUCCAAUGGUGCUUACCGCUCGACGCAGCAUGUACGGCGCUCUUCGGGAGCGACCAAACCGACCAGGAAUCUGGAGCGAGCUCAGGAGUUUUGAGACGAUUGCGUGAGGUGCUAGGCCGGUACCGCGCCGUGCUGGUCGAUCCAGCCGAAUUCGCUUGCAUGAAGGCUAUCGUACUAUUCAAAUCAGAGACGCGCGGUCUCAAAGACCCCCUCCAGAUCGAGAACCUGCAAGACCAGGCGCAGGUAAUGCUAAUGACGCACGCGCGCGCGGCGCACGCGGCGGCGCCGGCGCGGUUCGGUCGCCUGUUGCUGCUGUUGCCGCUACUCCGCCUGGUCUCGCCGCAUCAGCUCGAGCGCGAGUUCUUCGCUAAGACCAUCGGGCAGACACCCAUGGAGAAAGUGCUGGCUGAUAUGUAUAAAAAUUAGCUUUAGUUUAAUUUUCUGUGAAGGAACUACAAGUGUGCUUGGACAUUUAGCGCGAAGAAUAUCGCUCUAACAUAUAGUGCACCAUUGAAUUUUUCAUUGUUAGCGCAAGUGAAAAGCCGUGAUGGUGGACUUCAACUUAUUUAACGUAUUCACUGUCACUGACGCAUUUAUGCGUUUCCGAUUCUUUCAUCCAGUGCCUUGAACGCACAGACAGGUUUCACCCUGUGCCUAGGUAAUAGCUUGUUGAACUCACACAUGUGAGUUUGGGGCACACAAAGGGCGGCAUAUGUCCAGGAAAAAAGGGUGACAAUGAAUGCGUUAACAUUAUGAGACAAUUAGAAAGUGUAAACGGAGGUAAGGUUAUAAACAAUAAAUCCACUUCAUAUUAAUUGAUGAAGAUGUACAUAAAAUGAAUUCACCUAGUAUCUAAUAUAGUACGCCGUGUACGCAAUUAUUAUAGCUUGAUGCAUUUAUAAUUUAAAUAGUAUAAGAAUGAAGCUAGAUUUUAAACGAAUUAUGGCCUCAUAAGAUGAAGUUUAAUAUAUUUGUAAAUAAAUGUACAUAUUCAUAUGUAAGGCAAGACAGGAGUAAGUGGAGUAACUUGAUAAGACAUAAUGCCAUUAAAAAAUGUUAAUAAGUAAUAAGUAACUAAGAGUAAAAUUCAUAUAUGCCUAUCUUUUAUAUGUUAUACCUAGUUACGUUUUUAGUCAUCCUCAUUUACGAUGCCAAUGCUUACUUAAGUAUAUAAGAUAACUUAUAAUUUCUCAUAUCAACUCUCACAAAAGGAAAAAAUUUAUCCAAUCAAUACCAUCCAUAUAAUAAGAGUAUAUGCACUUUUACGCCCCCCUGGACGUUUUGCAAGCAAGCAAACACAGACUCACACAACAGAGCGUCAUUCAUAUGGAUUUAGUAUCUACCAACUACCUACUUCGCUGCAAUUUUUCCUUAUCAAACAGAUUUUCCCUCAUUGCAAUUUUUACUACGGACGUAAUUAAUGAUACGCAGAAUUCUACUAUCCUAGAUGAUAUAUUUGAUGUGAUUCUUAGUAUGUGUUAUGUCAGUGUGUAAAUAUUUACGUAAUAACACAUAAUUGAUGAUCCUUUAAGUCGAUUGAAAUGUUAUGCAAAUUACAUCAUUUACAACGGUCCA